UCACUAUAUAACCCAUCCGGCGACGUAGCCAACCAGACACCAUACGACGACCUAAGUUUCUUGCACACGCACAACUCCUGUACAUGCAAUGGGGUCCAAACCGUUCUUCGCCUGCGCCGUCCUCCUGAUCGCCAUCGCCGCCGCGGCAGUCACGCCGGCGUCCGCGGCCGGAGCGAACCCCAUCGCCAUGGGCGGUGGCUCCGACGAGACGGCAACAACAUGCGUGCCGACGCUUGAGCGCCUGCUGUCGUGCCUGGACUUCAUCGAGCACCGCACCGACGCGAUCCCGCUGCCCUGCUGCGUCCAGGUGAACACCACGGUGGCCCAGCAGCCGUGCUGCCUCAUGCACGUCCUGCGCGGCGACGUCGCGCGGCUCAUGGGGCCGGACUUCGACAGCACCCGCGCCAUGGUCAACGUCACCUCCCAGUGCCUCGGCGACGGCUCGAUCCUCAUGUCCAUCACUCGUUCGUGCGCAGGCAAGCCGCUUCCGCCGCUGACGCCUGAAUACCCCUUCACUGCCGCGUUGCCGCCGCCGCCGCCGUCAUCGUCAGGAGCAGAACGGCUGGAAGGCUUGUCUUACGCCGUAUUGCUAGUUGCACUCGUUGCAAGCUUCUUGUGAAUCUUGUGAACUAUCGGGAAACUGGCGAUCAGCUGGCUGGACGUACAUGGAGAAAAUCUCGACACGUUUGAUGUUGAACAAAAUAUAGUUAAUUCUUGUGUUUCUCUGUCAUUCUUUACUCUGUUUGUUCUGUAAUUCUACGUCUAUGUUUAGAGCUUCUCAAAAAAACAUUCCUUAUAAAUGUAUACUAGCAAAUAUCCGCGCGUUGCAAUGGGAGAAAAAUUUCCGUGCUAAUAUGCAA